ACUAAGUUGUUAUUUCGGGAUUCUAAGCCGUUUUUUGGGGAUAGUCGUUAUUUUAGGAUUCUAAGUCAUUAUUUGAGGAAACUAAGUAGUUAUUUGGGGAUUCUAAGUCGUUAUUUGGGGAUUCUUAUUUUGAUCUUAUUAUUUUAAGAUGCUAGGUAACAUUUUUAAGGCGGUAUCUUAUUGAUUUGAUGGACUUGGUGUCUUUUUUAAAAGAUACUUUUAACAUUUCAUAUUCAUAUUAAGGUGAUAUGCACAGUAAGCUAGCUAUAGCUCGUUAAACUACAUCUCUGUAAGUUCUCUUAAUCCGGGACAUUUUUUUGUCUCAUUUUUUAACUUUCAGGCAAAAGGCUAAACAGCUAUAGCUAGCUAUAGCUCCUGAGUGAUACCUUGUACAUAAGACAACAAUUACAAGUGUAGUAAGCAUACUCAAUCACUUUUUGGAGCACCUGUAAUUUGGCUCUUGAGAGCAGUCAGCCCAGAAACAUGGCUUUGCUCUUAAGUUUAACUCUUGUAGGUCAAAGGUUGAAUUGUCAGGGAAGGGAUCUCUUCUUCAGCUCUACCCUCCACCCCCUGCGAUGCUCCCAAGUGUCAACCCAUUGUUCAGUCUAAUUGCAUUGGGAAGUGAUUCUCUGUCGCCUCUUUCAGAUGACGUUGAGGAUGAGGGGAGGACCCCUGAUAGGGACAGUCUGGGGAAGAAGAAGCGUGGUCCCAAGAAAAAGAAAGAGACUAAGAAGAAAGAAAAAGACAAAGAGGGCAAGACCCCCAAAGCACGCAAGCGCAAAAAAAUAGAGAGUGAUAUAGAAAGAGACUCAGAACAUGACUUUGCAGUGAACUCUGACAGUGCUGCAAGCGAUUAUGGAGAGAAGAAAAAGAAAAAGAAACACAAAGACAAGAAAGAAAAGAAAACAAAGAAAAAGAAAAAAGAUGAUGAAGAUAGUACACAUGAGGAGACCACUAAACCUGUAGAACAGAAGACGUCUGCUCAACUAGCAAAAGACUGGGGACUGGAGGAUGUAGAUCACACCUUCACUGAGGAGGACUACCGCACAUUAACCAACUAUAAGGCUUUCAGCCAGUUCAUGAGGCCUAUGAUAGCUAAGAAGAACCCCAAGAUCCCUAUGUCUAAAAUGAUGACCAUCCUGGGAGCGAAAUGGAGAGAGUUUAGCUCCAAUAACCCCUUCAAAGGUUCUGCUGCCGCUGUUGCUGCUGCUGCCGCCGCGGCCGCAGCAGCCGUUGCCGAGCAGGUCUCUGCAGCAACUGCCUCCCCUGAACCCCCUCCUCAGCCACCCCCGCUUCGCAAGGCCAAGACCAAAGAAGGGAAAGGCCCUGGCUAUAAGAAGCGCAGUAAGAGUCCUCGCGUCCCUGAAAAAAAGAAGCCCAAGCCUAAAAAGAUGGCUCCUCUACGAAUCAAAUUGGGAGCUCUUGGGAACAAGCGAAAGAAGAGCAGCUCGAGUGAAGAAGUGGAUGAUGAUGAUUCUGAGCAGGAAAACUCAAGUGUGCACAGCUCUUCAGUUCGCUCGGAUAGCUCUGGCCGGGUCAAGAAGAACAAGAGAGGUCGCCCAGCUAAGAAGAAGAAAAAAAUUGUGGGAGAUGAAGAUGGGGAUGGCUAUGAGACGGAUCAUCAGGACUACUGUGAGGUGUGUCAACAGGGAGGGGAGAUCAUCCUUUGUGACACGUGUCCCAGGGCGUACCACCUAGUGUGCCUGGAACCUGAGCUGGAGAAAGCUCCUGAGGGCAAGUGGAGUUGCCCGCACUGUGAGAAAGAAGGGAUUCAGUGGGAGGCAAAGGAAGAGGAGUUUGAGGAGUUUGAGGAAGAGUGCGAUGAUGGUGUGGUGGCUGAUGCAGGGCCAGGAGGUGGAGAGGAAGAGGAGGAUGAUCAUAUGGAGUUCUGCCGAGUGUGUAAAGAUGGAGGAGAGCUGUUAUGUUGUGACUCUUGCCCUUCCUCAUAUCAUAUACACUGCCUCAACCCCCCUUUGCCUGAAAUCCCCAAUGGAGAGUGGCUCUGUCCCAGAUGCACAUGUCCACCAAUCAAAGGGCGAGUACAGAGGAUUCUACACUGGCGAUGGGGUGAGCCCCCACCCCCAGUUCCUGUUCCUCCACCCCCGGAUGCACCUCCUGAUGUUCCGCCCCCGCCCCCCAUGAAAGGCCGUCCAGAGAGAGAGUUCUUUGUGAAACUGACAGCACAGUCCUACUGGCACUGUACAUGGAUCACUGAACUUCAGCUGGAGAUCUUCCAUUCUGUGAUGUUCCGCAACUACCAGCGAAAGACAGACAUGGAUGAGCCACCCAGUCUGGACUAUGGUUCUGGAGGAGAAGAGGAUUCUGGGAAAAGUGAGAAACGACGAGCCAAAGACCCUCAAUACGCCAUCCUGGAGGAGAAGUAUUAUCGCUACGGCAUCAAGCCGGAAUGGAUGAUGGUACACAGGAUAAUUAACCACAGUGUGGAUAAGAAGGGGAACUACCACUAUUUGGUGAAGUGGAGAGACUUAACUUAUGAUCAGUGUACAUGGGAGAGAGAUGAUUUGGACAUCCCAGAGUUUGGCAUGCAUAAGGCAGCUUACUGGAGGCACAGAGAGGAAGUAAUGAAAGAAGACCCAGACAAGCCAAGGAGUAUGAGGAGAAGAGAUGAGAAUGAUGAAGCUCCUGGAACCCCUGUUACUGAUCCCACGAUAAAGUAUGAAGAGCAACCAGACUUUGUGACAGUAACAGGAGGUACUCUGCACCUGUACCAGCUGGAGGGCCUCAAUUGGCUCCGUUUCUCCUGGGCUCAGGGCACAGACACUAUCCUGGCUGAUGAGAUGGGCCUGGGCAAGACAAUCCAGACCAUCGUAUUCCUCUAUUCACUGUUUAAAGAGGGACACACGAAGGGGCCAUUUCUGGUGAGUGCUCCUCUUUCCACCAUCAUUAACUGGGAGAGAGAGUUCGAGAUGUGGGCUCCAGACUUCUACGUGGUCACCUACACAGGAGACAAGGACAGCAGAGCCAUCAUUCGAGAGAAUGAGUUCUCCUUUGAUGACACAGCCGUGAAAGGAGGAAAGAAGGCCUUCAAACUGCGGAAAGAAGCUCCCAUUAAGUUCCAUGUGUUGCUGACCUCCUACGAACUAGUGACCAUAGACCAGACGGCCCUGAAAUCCAUAGACUGGGCUUGUCUGGUUGUGGAUGAAGCUCACAGACUGAAAAAUAACCAGUCCAAGUUUUUCAGGCGACUCAAUGAUUAUAAGAUUGACCAUAAGCUGCUGCUAACAGGCACACCCCUUCAGAACAAUCUAGAGGAGCUCUUCCACCUGCUUAACUUCCUCACACCCAACCGAUUCAAUAAUCUGGAUGGCUUUCUGGAAGAGUUUGCAGACAUCUCCAAAGAGGACCAGAUCAAGAAGCUACACGACCUGCUGGGGCCACACAUGCUCAGACGGCUAAAGGCAGACGUGUUUAAGAACAUGCCAGCUAAAACCGAACUUAUUGUCCGUGUGGAGCUAAGCCCCAUGCAGAAGAAAUACUACAAGUUCAUCCUGACACGGAACUUUGAGGCACUGAACUCUAAAGGAGGAGGAAACCAGGUUUCUUUGCUCAACAUCAUGAUGGACCUGAAGAAGUGCUGCAAUCACCCCUACCUCUUUCCUGUCGCCUCCAUGGAGGCACCCAAGACACCGAGUGGGGCAUAUGAGGGAUCCAGUCUUACAAAGUCUUCUGGGAAGUUAAUGCUGCUACAGAAAAUGCUGAGAAAGCUGAAAGAGCAGGGCCACCGUGUGCUUGUUUUCUCUCAGAUGACUAAGAUGCUGGAUUUGCUAGAGGACUUCCUGGACUAUGAAGGUUACAAGUAUGAGCGCAUUGAUGGGGGCAUCACUGGAGCACUGAGACAGGAGGCCAUUGACAGAUUCAAUGCUCCGGGAGCCGUUCAGUUCUGUUUCCUUCUGUCUACACGGGCAGGGGGUUUGGGCAUCAAUCUGGCAACUGCAGACACUGUCAUUAUCUUUGACUCUGACUGGAACCCUCACAAUGACAUUCAGGCCUUCAGCCGAGCCCAUAGGAUUGGUCAGGCCAAUAAGGUGAUGAUCUAUCGCUUUGUAACCCGUGCUUCUGUUGAAGAGCGUAUUACCCAAGUGGCCAAGCGUAAAAUGAUGCUGACCCACCUGGUGGUGCGGCCAGGACUGGGCUCCAAAGCUGGUUCUAUGUCGAAACAGGAGCUAGACGACAUCUUAAAGUUCGGAACAGAGGAGCUGUUCAAGGAUGAGAUUGAAGCGGGUGAAAACAAGGAUGAAGACAGCAGUGUUAUUCACUAUGACACUGCCGCUAUUGAACGCCUACUGGACCGCAGCCAGGAUGCCACAGACGAUACAGACAUGCAGAACAUGAACGAGUACCUCAGCUCCUUCAAAGUAGCUCAGUACAACGUCCGAGAGGAUGACAAGAUUGAAGAGAUUGAGAGAGAGAUCAUAAAGCAGGAGGAGAAUGUGGACCCAGAUUACUGGGAGAAGCUGCUGAGACACCAUUAUGAACAGCAGCAGGAAGACCUUGCCCGUAACUUGGGCAAGGGCAAAAGGGUCCGCAAACAAGUCAACUACAAUGAUGCUGCCCAGGAGGACCAAGAGUGGCAUGCUGAUAUUUCUGAUAACCAGUCUGAAUACUCUGUGGGCUCUGAGGAGGAGGACGAGGACUUUGAUGAGAGGCCUGAAGGCCGAAGGCAGUCCCGUAGGCAGAUCCGAAAUGAAAAGGAUAAGCCAUUGCCCCCUCUGUUGGCCAGAGUCGGGGGCAACCUUGAGGUAUUGGGCUUUAACACUCGUCAGAGAAAGGCCUUCCUGAAUGCUGUAAUGAGGUGGGGUAUGCCUGCUCAGGAUGCUUUCUCCUGCCAGUGGCUGGUACGAGACCUGCGGGGCAAAACUGAAAAAGAGUUCAAAGCAUAUGUGUCUUUGUUUAUGAGGCACUUGUGUGAGCCGGUAGCUGAUGGUUCAGAAACGUUCGCGGAUGGUGUACCGAGAGAGGGGCUAUGCAGGCAGCCUGUCCUGACCCGCAUCGGAGUCAUGAGCCUGGUGAAGAAAAAGGUUCAAGAGUUUGAACACAUAAAUGGAAAAUGGAGUAUUCCAGAGCUGAAGCCUGAGGUCACUGUGGACUCCAAGAAGUCCUCAAGAGCUUCCUCGCCUGCCCUUAAAACAGCUACACCAACACCUGAGCAAAGCUGCAACAAUACACCCUGCACCUCCAAACCAGCCACACCCUCUCCACCUGACAAACCAGAGAAGAGUGGGAAGGAGGGAGAGAAGGAAGAGGGCGAGAGCCAGACUGAAGCAGAGAAAGAGAAGGGGAAAGAGGGAAAGGAGGGAGAGAGCACAGAAAGUGCUGAACCAAAAGGGCCUCUUACACCUGUAAAGGAAGUUGAAAAAGACCCUCCAGUGAGUGAAAAGCCUGAGCCACCAUCUGAAGUGUCCACAACAGCACCUGCAGGCGACUCCAAAUUAAAAGAAGCUCCUGACGCCAGUCCGUCAUCUCCAAAAGAAAAAUGUGAGAAAGAAAAGGCUGGAGAGGAGGAGAUCUCUAAGAAAGAGGGUGUAAGUGAGAAAACAAAAGAAGAACCCGCUUCAGAUCUCCCAGCAGCCAAAGAAGAAAAUCAAGCAGCAGAGAAAGGAGAAAAAAAUGAGAAAGGAGCAACAGGUGAGAAAGCUGCAGAAGAGAAAGAAAAGAGCGAAGAUCCAUCUGCUCCCACGGAAACAACAGAAAAGAAAGAGAAGGUCGAAGGCCAAGUGACGGACAUUAAGAAAGAGGAGGUUAAGGGAGAAAAGGAUGCUGGUAAAGAUGUCAAGGGACAGAAGGAAGAUGCAGCCAAGGGCAAUGGCAAACCACUCGAGCGCCCACGUUUUAUGUUUAACAUUGCAGAUGGAGGAUUUACAGAGCUGCAUACCCUGUGGCAGAAUGAAGAGCGGGCAGCUAUCUCCUCUGGCAAGAUGAAUGAGAUCUGGCACAGACGACAUGACUUCUGGCUGCUGGCAGGCAUUGUACAUCAUGGUUAUGCCCGUUGGCAGGAUAUCCAGAACGACCCUCAGUUUGCUAUAGUCAAUGAGCCAUUUAAGUCCCAGGCCAACAAGGGCAACUUUUUGGAGAUGAAGAACAAAUUCCUGGCCAGGAGGUUUAAGCUGUUAGAGCAGGCAUUGGUGAUUGAGGAGCAGUUGCGCAGGGCAGCGUACCUCAAUAUGACCCAGGACCCCACUCACCCGGCCAUGGCCCUGAACGCCCGCUUUGCGGAGGUGGAGUGUCUGGCCGAGUCACACCAACACCUCAGCAAAGAGUCGCUCGCAGGCAACAAACCUGCUAAUGCUGUCCUGCACAAGGUUCUUAACCAACUGGAGGAGCUGCUUAGCGAUAUGAAGGCAGAUGUGACGCGGCUUCCAGCUACCCUCUCCAGAGUCCCUCCCAUCGCAGCCCGCCUGCAGAUGUCUGAGAGGAGCAUCCUUAGCAGACUGGCCAACAAGGGAACUGAGACACACACACCACCGCCCAUCCCUCCAGGACCCUAUGCCACCCCACAGAACUACGGUCCUCCAUUCACACCAGCGCCCCCGGGGGGCAUGACUCUGGCUGGGGCCAACUAUAGCCAGAUGCCUCCGGGGUCAUUCAUAUCAGAAGCCCUGCCCUGCCUGAAGACCAAGGAGCACGAUGUCCUGCAGCGUCAGCGUGUGGUGGACCUGUGGAAGGAUGGCAAGUCGGAAGGGUCAAUCGGGCAGGAACUGCGCAUGCCAAAAUCCACCGUGCACAGCAUCAUCGUCAAAUACCGCCUCAGUAACACAGUGGAGAACUUGCCUCGCAACGGUCGGCCCAAAAAGCCCUAACUGGCUACAAACAGCGGAGAAAAGCAUAGAGAGAGAGAGGGGGAAGCCGGCAGGCAAGAAAGAAGAGGAAAUGGGAAAUGGAGAAAGAGAAAGUGCGGUGAGGGGAGGGGAAGUAGUAAUAGAAAGUCAACUCUGAAAGUGUGGUGGAGGGCUAUAUAACUGAUGAAUGGAGAGGCAGAAAUGGAGAAAGGGGUGCAGAAGGGGGGCAGUCAGAAAGUGUUUCAGAUGAUUGAAAAAGAAAAAAAAAUAGAAAGUCUAAGGGGUUAGAGGUAAGAGCCACUAAUAGUACACACAACCUCCCUGACUGCCAAAGCAAGGAUGAUGAAGCCAUCGAGAGUAAUAAGAACAGGCACUGAGGUGAACAGACAGACAGAAGGAGGGAAUGAGAUGAGCAAAAAAAGUAAACGGAGGCGAGCGAGAGUGACAAAAGAGGAAAUCGCCCGACCGCUCCAGUGAAAAACGAGAGCUGUGUGCACUCUGCCAGAGAGACGGCCUGCAAAAAGCGCCCCUUUCUCUUUCACUCCCUCUGCCCCCCUCUUGCUUUCAUCUCUCGCUCAGAAAGAAGCCCCAGCGGAUUCAUCUUUCACUUGGCAAGAGAAAUGACUGCGCAUGUCUAAGUACCCAGGACCUUUACUCCCUAAUUCCUGUGGAAACCUCUCUCUCUUUUUCUCUCUUUCUCUCUCUUACUCUCUCUCUCUGAAUCCCUGAACCCCCUUCAUUCUACUCACAGAGUGAGUACUGCAACCUCUCACAGUGUCAAAACCAAGGAAUUCCAAGGACAAAUUGUGAGUUUGUUUUUGUUUCCUCAACAUUUCCCAUCCCAAAUCAGAGAUUCUGGAAAUAAUCGAUUAAAGCUUUUAAAGGAUUUUUUGCACAUACACAUUUCACAGUGGAAUUCUAAUGAUUUAUCUCUCAAAAACAUGUUUUUUUUUAUCUCUGAACAAGAAAUGAACUGAAACAUGAAUAGUAGUGUUUUAGAUAUAGCGUAUUUUUCUGCAUCUUGUGGAUGCAAAACCUGGACAUUUAAGACUGGAUGAUACAGUGUUGAAUUUUACCUUACCUUGUUAAAGUAACACUGAUGCUAAGAUACUGAAGUGUGUACUGGCUGGGCACAUUCCUGUCCUUGGAUUAAAACGGGAAGCCUGACACCGGGAAGGACAACAUAUCUUUUUUUGUUUGUUUUUAGAACAUACCUGGAUGUGCUCGGGUUUAAGUUGCUUAUCCAGAUUCCGUGGUUGGUUAGACUUGAUAUAGAGUCCUAGAUUGGUAGUCUUUCCUUCAGCAGUUACAUAUAGAUUAGUAUUUUGAUGACUCCAGUAUUGGAAUUACAGUUUAGUCACCAUUUAGUCCACUGUUGCUUAGCUUGUGCAUGCACUGAUGCAUGUGUGUAUAUUCACUAGUGGAAGGCAUUCUUGAUAACACACUAAACUUGGGCAGGAUAGCGGAAAACACCACUGAUCACAUGAAAAGUUGGUAAUUAAAUUAUGCGUCUUAAAAACAAGUAUCUGUUAGCAAGACUCUUAACAUAACUGUUAGAGGGGUUCUGAGUGGCCCAGCGAACUAAGGUGCAGUAUAAUCCGAGGAUCACCAGGUUUACCCAGGAGAGCACAAUUGGCCUUGCUUUCUCAGAAGGUGCUCUCUCCCAUCAUCACAGAUGCACUCUGCAAGUUUGGCUAAACAGCACUGCAAGUGUAGUAUAACCUGGUAUGUUACUCAGAUAAUUACUACUGCUAGGAACAAGUACCAUUUAUGCUGUUGUUUUAAGAUAAACUGAAACUGAAAUCUGCAGUAGUCCAGAACACAGGACCUUCUUCCUGUAUUUACUUUUUGCUCCUGCGCACAACAGGUCUGACCAUUAGGCAGAGAAAGUUCUCAUGUGGUUUGUUCUAAUGCAUUGUGGUGAGUUUAAAGCUUAAAACUUGACCCAGACCAGAGCAAACAAACUAUCAAUGUGAAAAAGCCCAUAUCCUUGCUGUACUUCAUCGGCUACAGUUUUAAAAUUAUACAAAAAUACAAGUAAUUAGUCAUUAUCAGUUAUCACUAUCGGCCCAGAGGUUCCAGUGAAUGCCUAAUUUGGAAUUUUUCUGGGACAAGCUGGUACCAAGGGGCAAUGCUUAAAUUCCUGUGCAAAGUUAUAGCCAGAUCUGCUCCCCAGCGGGACCCUUAUACAGUGCAGAACUGUGGUGGGAGUAUUAUCGGUGGAAGUAUUCUGUGUGAUCCCUUGCGCACACACAUACACACACACACUAUUUUUGUGUAUUUAUGUGUUUGCACAGGCACAUAUUCUUGCAUCCAUUUGUAAGUACACCCUGUACAAUUGUGGCUCUGCGUUAUAUGUAAACAAAGGUUUGGAGGCUAUUUGUGUGUGAGGUGUGUGUGGGUUUUUGUGUGCGCUCAGGCACACCAUGAACUGAAGAUCCUUCACUGAUGCUCUGUGUGUGUGUGCUUGUGUGUGGCUUCGUUCUCAUUGCCUCUAGGUGAGUGAUUAAUUGUGUAAGCGAAGUGGUUGUUUAGACAGGCAGGGGUCGGGGAGGCCGUCUGCCAACUGAAUGUUUUUCUGGGUUACUGAACGAAAGAGAGAGAGAAGGAGAGUGUGUGAAGACAGUUCUGCAGGAGCAAACCUGUGCAGUGAGGCAGUGCAUUAAAGUAUUUGAUUCCACGGGAUCAAGUUUGUGAGAAAGUGAGAGAGAGAAAAGAGAGAGAGAGAGGGCAAAAAAGCAGAUGACUGCUCCAGAUCUGAAUGUGAGAUAUGAGUUAUUUUCUUUGGCUCAUGUGUACAACAUGGCUUUUGAGGACCCAGAAAGUCACAAGAUGGGCUUGUGUUUUAUUCUGUUAUUCUGUUAUUCUGUAUUUUGCCCAUUAAAGAAGAAUGGGUUGUUUAUUUUUGCUCAUUUCAUCUUAAGUGUUUAUGAAAUGAAAUCUGAAUCAGAUUUGAAGUUGAAAAGCUUUCUCUUUAGUUUUUUUGGAACAUUAGUGGCUAUAGACAUGAUUUUUAAAUGUUUUUUUUUUUUUUUUUUUUUUUUUUGUACAACCAGCAACCUUUAGUCACGUUAGACAUAGUAACACCUCAAAUGAUCAGGGCAAUUCUAUAUUUGAACAUUCUUGUUUGUUUAAUAUGUUUGCCUUGUGGUGCUCUUCCGUUACUCUAUCUUUUAAUAAACAGUGUUUAAAUAUACAGUGUAAUAAAAACCAAUAGAUAAUAUUAGGGCUGGGCUAUAUGAUAAAAUGUCUUAUUACACUAAUUAUACUUUCUAUAGACAAAUGUGCAGAUGGUGUUUUUAGCACUGAUGAAAUCUACGAGAUACUCAGAUAUGUGUAUAAUUUAUCACAACUAGUUUAUCACAAUAUGCAAUAAUUUAAAAUAUUGUCAUAUUGUCCAGCACUUGAUAUUAUGGUUAGCAGAUACUGCUCACUCACCCAAACCCCCUUGCCCUUAAUGUUUAUGAGAUGUAUGUUUAGGAUUUGAAGUUGUACAUUAAUAAAAGCAUAUAUGAACAGCGUAAAUGAGGGGGUGGGGAGGGCAAAAGAAAAAAGACUGUUUGCACCUUUUGCACCUGAUUUACAAUCUAAUCAUCAUAAGUAACUCUAGAAUCACUUGAUGAUACAUUUUUCACAUGCAUGCAUGGAAGCCUUUGAUGAAUCAGGUUGUUCAUACAUUACAAUAUCAGCGAUAAGGAUUUAUUCAUUACUGUACUGUUGUACCGUGUCUAGUUUGAAUGUAGAUGAAGUUAAACAGUAACAGGACUUUUGGUCAUUUAAGCAAACCAAAGGUUUUGAAAGAUAUUAUCUCUUUUUAUAUUAUGUUAGUAGAAUAGAAUAUAAUUAGAAAUUAAUAGAAAAGAAUAGACAUAAACAAAAAAUAUCUCAUUCAUGCUGCAUUCUCCAAUCAUAGCUGUUUUAUGUUCACUGUACUGUAGGUUCUUGUCCUAGAAUGUAAGUUUGUAGAUUUUUUUUCUUUUAAGAUGUAACUGUAACAACAGUGGGCAUGUGCUGACUGGUUGCAGCAUGACACGAUUCUGGAAGAUGACAAGAACACUUUGUGUAGUAAUUAAAUGUACAGUUGCAUGCAAAACUUUGGGUACCCUGGUAAAAAAUUCUGUUAGUGAUAAUAGUUAAGUGAGUAGAUGAUAAAUAGCCACAAAGCAUGAAGGUGAAUAUAAACCAUUAUUUAAGGAAUAAACAGUUUAAACAAGAUUAGUUUAUUUAUUUAAAUAAAAUAUAAAUACCAUCAUCUUACUCAUAGGAUUUAAUGUAACGGCAAAGGCAUAUAAAAAAAACCCUGUUUAACUGCAAAAUACUUCAUGUAGAUUCAUGAGACUCUUGGGAUAAGCUGUUGUACUGUUCAGCAACACCUGCACAAAUAAGAUAAUUUCAUCAUCUGAAAGAACAUCUAAACAAACCUAAUUCAUUUUGGAAACAAAUACUGUGGAUUGUCAUUGGAACAACAUACCGCUCCAGCUGUUUAGCAUGGGGAUAUAUUCAUUUAUGGACUUGUGGUAAAGCCAGUGGCAUUGGAAAAACUCAGUGAAAUACCUUCACAGUGAGUGUGUACAUGUGUAUUCUUAACCAGAGUAUUCUGAGAUUUCUCAGUCUGUGAAAACAGAACGUGGUACCAGAAGUAAGCAAGCAGUGUUUAACACAGCACUCACGAGCUGGCAAAAAACACUUACAAAGCGACGCUGAAACUAAAGGAUUUAAAUAAUAUUCAUCUUGUAGCUCAUUCGUGUUCAUAUUGGGUUUUGAAGUGUGGAAAAAACGAUGACAUAAAGCUUAGGUUUGACAUGUUGUUUACAUUUUGUCUUAUUCUUAAAGAUCAUUGUCAGACUCAUUCAAGGUCAUGUAAAAGUAUUAAUCGGAUUACUGACAAACUCCUAUAAACAAACUUCUAGAAAAUGUAAUGACGUGCAGGUGAAUGCACACAUUCUCUAUGAAAAAACAGUUGAAGGUGACAGAAGGAUUGAUUCUGUUUUUAAAACUUGAAGCUAUUAAAAAGGUAGAAUAUGUUAAAAUUCCAACCAAAAAUAACAGACACUUGUUUCAUAGCAUUUACAAGCUGAGAUACUUACCAAAUGUGGUGCUGUUAAGUACUGACCACACAAGGUACUUAAACAUUUGCUUUAGGCCCUUUCAUAUUUCUAUUAUUUUGAAGCUAUAACAGAUGAAAAUAAAAAGUAUUCUUACUUUCUUUCAACCUUUUAAAAAUCAAAUAUUUUACUUGCUUAGCUAUUCAUAAUACCAGAUAUUAUGACCAGGGAUGCCCAAAAUUUGCAUGUCACUCAAUGUGUGUGUUGGGGGUUCAGUGGGCGCACACUCUGUAUAAGCAAUCCUCUGGCUCUCUAGUACCUCUACACACUAUAUGCAUUUUUUUUCAUGAAAUAUAAUUUCCUGAAUGUAUAUGAAACCUCACAUUAAAAUAUGGUCACUGCU